AUGUCCAUAGCGUCUUCGGAAUCUGACUCAGAUGUCCACGGUUACUCGGAGCGCACCCUGGCCAUCAUAAAACCUGAAGCCUUCGAGGAUACGGAGGCCAUUGAGAACCAUAUCGUCAACCAUGGUUUCCAGAUACUUGCUAAACGCCAAUUGCGCCUAACCCCAGAGCAGGCAGCAGAGCUGUACCGUGGCCACUACGGGCGCCAGCACUUCCCGCACCUGGUGGCGCACAUCUCCAGCGGGCCCAUCGUGGCGCUGGUGCUCGCCACCAGGAACGCCAUCGCCAAGUGGAACACGCUCAUGGGACCCGCCAGAGUGGCGGAGGCGCAGGCGUAUUGGCCGGACAGUUUGCGCGCGUGCUACGGCCGCCGCACCAAGUACGGAGACUUCUUCAACGGCCUCCACGGCAGCGAGAAUCACGCUGAAUCCCAGAGGGAGAUACACUUCUUCUUUCCUAACAUGAUCGUCGGCCCCCUCCUCCGUCACUGGCAAGUGAACGACUACAUACAGAAGCACAUCACGAGCACGUUAAUGCCAGCUCUGACAGCCCUCGCGCACGAGCGCCCAGCGGAGCCAAUACUGUGGUUGGCGGAGCACCUUCGUAGACAUAACCCUAAUGAGCCCGAGCUGGCGCCGCAACCGCCCGAGCAGAGGGAAGACACUAGGUGUCACACGCCCCGACCCAGCGAAGAGUCUCUUGUCACCGGUCCCGCUGAUUAAUAUAAUUUAAAACAAUUUCGAAAAACGAAUUCUCAAGAAAAUAUCUUGCACAUUUCUCUCGUAGAAUUCUUACGAGGUAUAUCG